AAAAUUAAAAUUAAAAAGAAAUAUGGAAAAGGGGAACACUGUCACGGUUAAUUCAAAGGGUGUCUUGAAGGAUAGAGUUUCUUUGUUCACCUCGUUACCGAGAGGAGUUGACUAACUCACAGUGUUCGAGCAAUAGGUAAGUUAAUGCAUUGACUAACAUGAUAUAGCGGCGUAUGAUGUCGAACAGCGGCCCGAGUAAGCAACUAGCAGAGUUCCUUCUGGACAGUGAUGACAACCCCUUUGUCAAGAUGCACAUUUGUGUCUCUCUUGUAUAUAUUCCAACUCGACCUCAGAGGAGAGUUUGCCUCGAUCUCGCUCAUCCUUCAUAUAGCCACUCCCUGUGUGUCGACCGCUCAGGUGUGGCCAUAAAUGAGGUUGGAGACUUUUUUUCUUUUUUGACCAUGGGAGGUACUUCCAUGCAUCGUCCAUAAUACCCGGCUGCCACAUAGUUCAACUAUGUGGAUGUUGCAUGUUUCUUUCUCUUUUUCUGACUUCUGAGAAUGCUCUCUGGGUACGUUUUCCCUGUCUCUCAGGGCAGGUGUAUCUCUCUCUCUCCGUGGGGCUUGUUGCCAACCCGUGUGCUUUCUCCAUAGAGGAUGGGAUGAAAAGGAGGAGUCUCUCCUUCCCUCGACUGGAAGCCCAGAGGUCAGAGACACUGUAAAUACAAGCAGUCGUCGUUUCUAUAGGCAAAACCCCGGUCGAAAGCAUGUUAGCAGCCUGUCAAAUGUAAACAGCCUGCUGGGGAAUGGUAGAUAUAUAUGGGCCGGAAGGACUAUACCACGAAUACCGUGACAGUGACAGGCCAGCUGAUUCUUUCCCUCUGUUCUCCAGUUGGCAGUAGCAGAGCAGAGUGGUGGUGCCUACUGUGGUUGAGUGAGUGAAUUCCGCAUGAAAUAUAAAAAAGGGGCAGGGCAGUUGUGUUGUCCUCGUUGCAGUUAGUGACUGGCGGUGGUUUCUGUGUGUUGUUGAUGUUGUUGUUGCUGCUACCGAGAGUGCAGCGUGCUUUCCCUGGCCAACACCCACCCAGCCCCAACCCAGCUAUAAACCUCUCGUCUCAUCUCUUCUUCUCCCUUUCUCUUCUCUCCCUCCCCCGGCCAUCACCAUCACCAUCCUCAUCAUCCUCACCAUCCUCAUCAUCCUCAUCCUCAUCAUCCUCAUCAUCCUCAUCAUCCAUCUCAAUCACUUCCUCUCGCUCUGUUUAGCAUCAUCAUCGAGACUAGCCCAGCUCCUGCAAAGCUGCUAGCUUCUCUCGCUUUACACCAUUGCCCCUUUUUCCCCCCUUAUUCAUCUCUAACCUCUUCAUUCGUCCAAGUUCAGUGCAGUUCUUUCGUUGAUCAUUGUUGCUCCUAGCAUCCGUUUCUUCCUUUCAUUCUAGCCUUGCCUGUUUCUUCUUCUCCUUGUGCUGCGUGGUCGUCGUCUUUGUCUAUUACUCUCUGUACCACUGCAUCCACGGCCUUUACUGGGUUCCUACUCCGUAUCCACAGGGCUUGUUCAGGUGUAGUAUUCUAUCUACUUAUUAAACCUUAUCCAUUAGGCCAUAUACCUGUUUUCUUACACUUUUGUGCUCACUAACAUGGAUAUCUUGGAGAAGCUCGGUAUUCUCGCCGCAAAACCUGGUCUCAACGGGUCGUCUGCUACGCCAUUUAUUCAGAAAUCCCAAUUUGCAAAUAUGCAAGCCCAAACUCAACAGCAGCAACUGCCUGGUGAAGCUAGCGCUGCCCAUGCACAGAACCAGCCAGCUUACAACAUGGAACAUCAGAACCGUUUCUAUCAGCAUGUUCCUCAGACUAGCGGGGUAAACGGGAGUAUGAGGGAUCCCAAUGUUCAAGCUAUUACCCACGCUGUUGGAGGCCUGAACUUGCAAAACCAGCGUCACAAUGGCAAGUUUGUAGCCUUCAAGGGAAAUCUCCAUGCUUCUCACGGUAGCAGCGGUGAUAUGGCUAGUAUUCAGCGUCCAUAUAAUGGGCAAUACUUGAUUGUGCCUAAUGGAAGUAUGUUUGGUGGUGUGCCCACGGCAAAUCAGUAUGGACAACUCCAUGUUCAGGCUACUGACCAAGGUAAUUCAGUACCAUAUUUACCUGCGGGAUUAUACCCGAACUUCGUAACUGCCCCCUCGGUGGUUCCAGGUUCUGUCCCAGGAUACACCUGGCCCUAUGCUAUGAACGGUGACGCACCUGAACUUUCCGGCCCUCGCCGUGAUUCUUGGUCUUCAAUCGAGGAAAAUCAUCCUUGUACUCCGGGGGUUGAUCAAGCUGGCCAUCAGGAGUGCUACCCUGCUGUUGCACCGACAGAUCGUUCCCCAAUGUUGUACAAUUAUGGCACUCCGUCUCCGUCAAUGGUACCUCCUCAACCAUAUCUCCCCUACCAGAUGAUGAAGGGUGCCGGCGGUUAUGUACUGCAGGACCUUGAUGCUUUGACGCAGCAGGAUCCUGCAAUUCCACGUGCAGUGCCUGCCAUGUGGACCAACCCCUCGGACCUCACCCUGGCUAAAUGCCUCGAGAACAGAGAGGGUAUCACCAAUGUCUAUAUUCGGGGCUUCCUACCCGAAACAACAGAUGAGAUGUUGCAUGCGUAUGCAUCUCGUUUCGGAAAAAUUGAUCGCUGCAAGGCAAUUGUUGAUCUUGAAACUGGCCUUUGCAAAGGAUUCGGUUUCGUUCAAUUUUUCAGCUUUGAUGCCUGCGAGAACUGCAUUCGAGGUUUCUUCCAUCUAGGCUAUCAGGCCAGUUUUGCCCAGAAAUCUCGUAAUUCUCGACUGAAGGAUCUUGAAGACAAGAGUUCUACUAACGUCUAUUGUACUAAUGUUCCUAUCGACUGGGUGGAAGCGGAUUUGCGUCGCCAUUUUCAACCAUAUCAAGUUGUUUCAGAGAAGAUCAGCCGUGAUGAGAAAACUGGCGUCAGCAAGGAAGUUGGGUUUGCCAGGUUUGAGUCUCGCGAAAUUGCAGAAAAAGUUUUAUCUCAGUUCCACAACAUCACAGCUCAAGAUGGGGUCAAACUUCUCCUCCGCUUUGCGGAUACGAAAGCGCAGAAACAACUCAAGUUGCAGAGCAAUGAACGUCGUGCUUACCGUGCCGGAGAAUACAACUAUUCAGUCGAAAUGGUCAAUGGAUCUACGCCGUCGCCCACGCUUCAGCGUUUGCAACAGACAGCCUCUCACUUUAGUCCAAACUCACAGGCAAGCUUCCCUUCUCCUUUGGGGCCUGGUCCUGUCUGGACACCUGCAACCUCAAUAUCCCCACCUGGCCCAAUGAUGAAUAAGUCUGUGAACAGUCUUCGUCUUAACUCCUGGGGACCACGCAGUAAUGGAAAUAUUGAGAACACUCCGACAUUCCGCGGCCGCCCAGCUUUCAAUUCUCAGGGUUCAUAUGGAGAUAGCCUCUCCACUGGAUCUUCCAAGACAGUUCUCCCCGUUUCAGGCGGUGUGACAAGAUCCGAGAAUUCCAGCCCCCGAAAGGAAAACUACCGUGCAGGAUCUACUUCUCCACUUGGUCGACGGAGGGAAAUUACUGUUGCGACCCCGAAAUCGUCCACUUAGAGAUUUAAGAGGCUGCCGGCUUCUGUUUUGAGUCUUACCGGCUCUGUAUGAACGAUUAAUUUGACCAACUUCGCCUACGGCUAUCUGGUAUGGAGCUAUAAUAGGUGUUGCAUCGUCAGUCACACGCAGUUACGAUUAAUGGAUAACGACUCACGGUAUCACGGAAAAACUGAUUGUAUUGAAAUAUCCUCACAACAAGAUAUACGAUAUCUCUUCUCUCCUUUUACCUGUUAUCUUCGGUGGUCAGAAAGUCAUUCUUUUAUCUAAUGCGUGCCCAGGGACAAUAGUAUCAAUCGCAGAUAUUUCAUUUCCGGCGCGUAACAGUUCAGCGUUGCAUACUAUUUGCUUUUGGCGAUUGCCAGUACGAUGUUUGACAGAAAUUUUUUUGAUGUUAUCGGCUUUAUGGUAUGGGGGCAUCUCUAGCACUACAUAGUGCCAUGUCUGCUUAUGAUGAGGGAUGAAGAUGGAUGAUUACACGAUGUUACGAACUUCGGUUUAAGAGGCGGAUGUGUACGCCAGUGAUGAGACAAGUGAUGGGGCAAUUGCCUUGACUUAUUUUAGCUUUUAGCAUGUGAUUUUACAAAUAGCAAUAAUGGAACUUCAAUUUGCUCAUAGUAUAGAGGUGAGAGGUAGUAAGUAGGUUAGAUCUUACCGUGUCAAUACGAUUUCAACUGCCCCCGUGCGAAUUAUCAGAAGGAGUAACUAAUAUAGCAAAACCCUCUUCUGCAUGUAGGUGCAGUAGACAACAGAAGCAAUUUAGCCAAUACUGCUGCAGCGGACCAGCAGCCAAAGGCAUAUGCCAGAUACCUAUAUUCAAAACAUAACAAUCCUUCUAUUUGCAUA